GUUUUUAUGUGUAUUUGAGAGAAACAGAUACAGAGAAGGAGAGAGAGCCACAGGGUGAGGGAGACAAAGAAGGAGAAGACAAACAGAGUGAGGUUUUCCUGGGAUCUCUACUGGACAUCAGCCAAGAUGUUUAAGAAAAAGGACUCCAAGCCCCCCUCUGUAAAGAUGAGCAUGUCUCAGCCCGCCAUCUUUGCCCAGCUGAUUCCCAUAAUAAAAAAACACGCCAACGUGGUGGAGAAAAAUAUCCUCCAGGUUAAAGAGCUGCUAACUAUGGAUGCUAAAAAUAGCAAAAAGAAGCAUCAAAAAGAGGUCUCUGAUAAACUUGGUGAGGGUAGGGAGCUGCUGAAGGUCCUUUUCCAGGAAAUGGACAAAACCAAGGAGCUCAAUCAUCCACAGGCUCAGGAGAUUGAAAGAGGUAUCAUCCAGCUCAACAAGCACUGGCUGUCGGUCUGCUCCUUCUACCAAGAUGUCUAUGAGAAGAUCGACGUGUCACCAGUGGAUAAAACUGCCUCGGGGCCUGUGGUCGUUCAGAAUGAAGAGAGGAACGAACAAAACCGAGCUGACGAACCGCCGCCAACAAGUCCUUCACUCCCGACACUCUUCAGAAAUAUGAUGGGAGCAAACAACCAGAUCAACAUGUUUGAUGAUGACUCCUUACUGGACUGGACGGAGAUUGGCAAAGGAGGGUUUGGCAGUGUGUACAAGGCCAGGCAUAACAAAAUGGGACAUGAUGUGGCCAUUAAGAUACUGCAUGAUGUUAGUGUGGAGGAAUCACUGUUUGAGGAGGCUAAAUUUCAGAAGUUGUUCUCCUGCAAAUUUGUCCUGAGGGUUUAUGGGAUGUAUAAGGGAAUCCCUCCAUAUAAAACAGUCAAGCAAGAAGGAAUAGUCAUGGAGUUCAUGACCAGAGGAUCUAUUAUGGAUCUAUGCAAAAACUUGCGAGGUCCUCCUCCGUUUCCUCUGGCCUGCCGGUUGAUCCAGGAUGUGGCUUCAGGAAUGCGAUUCCUCCAUUUAAUGGGUAUCUUGCACCGCGACCUAAAAAUGCCGAAUGUAAUGCUGUCUGAAGGACUUCAUGCCAAGCUGGCAGAUUUUGGUCUGUGCACAAUGUCUGCCACCUGUUGCCCCAGCAAUGAAGGAGAAACAGAGAAUUUAGGCACACUGAAGUACACGCCACCUGAAGCUUAUGACAUCAACUACAAACCUGUUCGCUCUUUUGACGUGUACAGUUUUGCAAUUUUUCUCUGGGUCAUCCUCUCUGGAGAAGAACCUUUCCCCACUGCUCAUCCAACACGUUUGCGCAAGUGUGUCGCUAAAGGUCAAAGACCCACUCUUGAAGAAUUAUCAAAGCAAGAUAAAGCAGGAAUGAACGAUCUGCUCGUUUUAAUGCAGAAGUGCUGGAACGGUGAUCCAACCCAGAGGCCAACAUUUGGAGAGAUUACUCCCAUGGUGGAGAACGUGUACGCAAAGCAUAAAUCCAAAAUUAUUCAUGAGGUCUACGAGGUUCUAAAACAGCUGGACAGUGACUCAGGAAGCAUCACAUAAUCCUCAGUUUACUAGCAACUCCACCAAAGUUUCAUACUGUAAUAUAUUUUAGGCCUGGGUUUUAUUUUCCACAUUUUAUUAAAUUGAAUUUACCAGAGCCUUCA